AGGCGGCCUUCGCGCCGGCGCCGGCGCCCUGCGGAAGCGGCGUUAGUGAAUCGGGGCCUUGGGGAGCCCAGGAUGGAGGUGGCGGUCGCCGCGGCGGUGGCGGGCCGAGCCCUGCGGCGGGCGGGAGGAGGUGAACACCAGGCCCACUGAGCCUUCCAGAGCUGCCAGCCAUGCCCGGGAUCGUGGUGUUCCGGCGGCGCUGGUCUGUGGGCAGCGAUGACCUCGUCCUGCCAGCCAUCUUCCUCUUCCUCCUGCACACCACCUGGUUCGUGAUCCUGUCCGUGGUGCUCUUUGGCCUGGUGUACAACCCGCAUGAGGCCUGUUCCCUGAACCUGGUGGACCACGGCCGCGGCUACCUGGGCAUCCUGCUGAGCUGCAUGAUCGCCGAGAUGGCCAUCAUCUGGCUGAGCAUGCGUGGGGGCAUCCUCUACACGGAGCCCCGCGACUCCAUGCAGUACGUGCUCUACGUGCGCCUGGCCAUCCUGGUGAUCGAGUUCAUCUACGCCAUCGUGGGCAUCGUCUGGCUCGCUCAGUACUACACCUCCUGCAAUGACCUCACUGCCAAGAACGUCACCCUGGGGAUGGUCGUCUGCAACUGGGUGGUCAUUCUCAGCGUCUGCAUCACCGUCCUCUGUGUCUUUGAUCCCACGGGCCGCACUUUCGUCAAACUGAGAGCCACCAAGAGGAGGCAGCGCAACCUGCGGACAUACAACCUGCGGCACCGCUUGGAGGAGGGUCAGGCCACCAGCUGGUCUCGUCGGCUCAAAGUGUUCCUGUGCUGCACCCGUACGAAGGACUCCCAGUCAGACGCCUACUCGGAAAUCGCCUACCUCUUUGCUGAGUUUUUCCGGGACCUCGACAUCGUGCCAUCCGACAUCAUCGCUGGUCUGGUGCUGCUCCGGCAGAGGCAACGGGCCAAGCGCAACGCGGUGCUGGACGAGGCAAACAAUGACAUCUUGGCCUUCCUGUCUGGGAUGCCAGUGACCAGAAACACCAAGUACCUCGACCUCAAGAACUCGCACGAGAUGCUGCGCUACAAAGAGGUCUGCUACUACAUGCUCUUUGCCCUGGCUGCCUAUGGCUGGCCCAUGUACCUGAUGCGGAAGCCCGCCUGUGGCCUCUGCCAGCUGGCCCGGUCCUGCUCGUGCUGCCUGUGCCCCGCGCGGCCCCGAUUUGCCCCUGGCGUCACCAUCGAGGAGGACAAUUGCUGUGGCUGCAACGCCAUCGCCAUCCGGCGCCACUUCCUGGAUGAGAACAUGACCGCGGUGGACAUCGUCUACACCUCCUGCCACGACGCGGUCUAUGAAACCCCCUUCUACGUGGCCGUGGACCAUGACAAGAAGAAGGUGGUAAUCAGCAUCCGCGGAACCCUGUCCCCUAAGGACGCCCUGACCGACCUGACGGGUGAUGCCGAGCGCCUCCCUGUGGAGGGCCACCGUGGCACCUGGCUGGGCCACAAGGGCAUGGUGCUGUCAGCCGAGUACAUCAAGAAGAAGCUGGAGCAGGAGAUGGUCCUGUCCCAGGCCUUCGGGCGAGACCUGGGCCGCGGAACCAAGCACUACGGCCUGAUUGUGGUGGGCCACUCCCUGGGCGCGGGCACGGCGGCUAUCCUCUCUUUCCUCCUGCGCCCACAGUACCCGACCCUCAAGUGCUUUGCCUACUCGCCCCCAGGAGGCCUGCUGAGUGAGGAUGCUAUGGAGUACUCCAAGGAGUUUGUCACUGCCGUGGUUCUGGGCAAAGACCUCGUCCCCAGGAUUGGCCUCUCCCAGCUGGAAGGCUUCCGCAGACAGCUCCUGGAUGUCCUGCAGCGCAGCACCAAGCCGAAAUGGCGAAUCAUUGUGGGGGCCACCAAGUGCAUCCCCAAGUCCGAGCUGCCCGAGGAGGUGGAGGUGACCACCCUGGCCAGCACACGGCUCUGGACGCACCCCAGUGACCUGACCAUCGCCCUUUCAGCCAGCACUCCGCUCUACCCGCCUGGCCGCAUCAUCCACGUGGUGCACAACCACCCUGCCGAGCAGUGCUGCUGCUGUGAGCAGGAGGAGCCCACAUACUUCGCCAUCUGGGGCGACAACAAGGCCUUCAACGAGGUGAUCAUCUCACCGGCCAUGCUGCACGAGCACCUGCCCUAUGUGGUCAUGGAGGGGCUCAACAAGGUGCUGGAGAACUACAACAAGGGGAAGACGGCUCUGCUCUCUGCUGCUAAGGUCAUGGUGAGCCCCACGGAGGUGGACCUGACCCCUGAGCUCAUCUUCCAGCAGCAGCCACUGCCCACGGGGCCACCCCUGCCCACUGGCCUGGCCCUGGAGCUGCCAGCUGCAGACCACCGCAACAGCAGUGUCAGGAGCAAGUCCCAGUCCGAGAUGAGUCUGGAGGGCUUCUCGGAGGGGCGGCUGCUGUCUCCAGUGGCUGCUGCAGCGGCCGCCCGCCAGGACCCUGUGGAGCUGCUGCUGCUGUCCACUCAGGAGCGACUGGCGGCCGAGCUGCAGGCGCGGCGGGCGCCGCUGGCCACCAUGGAGAGCCUCUCGGACACAGAGUCGCUGUACAGCUUCGACUCGCGCCGCUCCUCAGGCUUCCGCAGCAUCCGCGGCUCCCCCAGCCUCCACGCCGUGCUGGAGCGCGACGAGGGCCACCUCUUCUACAUCGACCCGGCCAUCCCCGAGGAGAACCCCUCCCUGAGCUCCCGCACCGAGCUGCUGGCGGCAGACAGCCUGUCCAAGCACUCGCAGGACACGCAGCCCCUGGAGGCGGCCCUGGGCAGUGGCGGGGUGACUCCAGAGCGGCCCCCCAGCGCGGCCAACGAGGAGGAGGAAGAGGCUGGCAGGGAGGGCGGUGGGGGGCCGGCCCGCGGAGAGCCCGCGCUGCACAACGGGCGCCUGGGGGACUCGCCCAGCCCCCAGGUGCUGGAGUUCGCAGAGUUCAUCGACAGCCUCUUCAACCUGGACAGCAAGAGCAGCUCCUUCCAGGACCUCUACUGCAUGGUGGUGCCCGAGAGCCCCACCAGCGACUAUGCCGAGGGCCCCAAGUCCCCCAGCCAGCAAGAAAUCCUGCUCCGCGCCCAGUUCGAGCCCAACCUGGUGCCCAAGCCCCCACGGCUCUUUGCCGGCUCGGCGGACCCCUCCUCGGGCAUCUCGCUCUCUCCCUCCUUCCCACUCAGCUCCUCCGGGGAGCUCAUGGACCUGACCCCCACGGGCCUCAGCAGCCAGGAGUGCCUGGCAGCAGACAAGAUCCGGACUUCCACCCCCACUGGCUGCGGGGCCAGCCCUGCCAAGCAGGAUGACCUGGUCAUCUCAGCACGCUAGUGCCACUGCAGCUGCUGCCAGCCGAGGCCCUGGCUGGAGCAGGAGACCCUGUGGGCACCUGGUGGCUGCCCCCAGGCCAGGCGGCUUUGAGGAGAGGCCCCCGGGGUCAGUUAGCCUCAGGCAUGGGCAUUGCUGCUGAGCUGGGGGUCUGCGUCCCUACCUCAGCUUAGGACCCCCCAGAGCCAAGUUGGCUGGGAUCCAGCCCCGCCCUGGGGACUGUGGGGGAGGGCAGGGAGCAGGAGGAGCCAGGCGCAGCCUGCUGGGCGGGCAGACCUACUCAGCCCCCGCAGCUUGACCCACCAGGGCAUCCUGACACCCCUGUCCCGCAGUCGGCCUUGGGUCAACUGGCUUCUGGGGUGGAGAGCAGCCGCUCCCCAGUGUGUGCCCUGGCCACCCCCAGAUCUGGUGCCUGCUGGCCAGUUCCCUGGGGCGACGUCUGUCAGGUGGCCCGCAGUGCUGUAAGUGUUUACAGAAGCUGCUGGGCUUUCAAGGCCCCACCCCAAUCCCAUGUUCAGAAGCCCCGCUGAGGGCCACGGCAGCCGGGGGCGGAGGGGUCAGGACCGCCCCUUCUCUGCGUGGCACCCCUCCAGCUGGCCCUGUCCAUGGGUCCUGGGCACCCCUGGCCUGCUCCACCUACCUGCUACUUCCUAGUUUCCACCUUCCACCCCCAGGGAUCCUGGCCAUUCGAAGGGUGGUGGGUACUGCUGUGACCACCCCGCUGCAGAGUCAGUGCCCUGGGAGGAAAGGAGGCACCUGAAGUCCCUUCCUCCGAGGGUCGCGCCUAACUCCUUUACGUAGACCCCCACCACGCCUGCGCCUCCCUGGGCCCUGACAUCUGAAACCAAACGAACCUCUGCCCCACUCGCCCGGUCCCUGCUGGCCUGGGCUCCUUCCUGAGAGCUGGCCUUUCUUCCCACCGCCCCCCACCCUCAGUGUCCUGUUGGUGGGACGUGGGGCCAAGAGUGGGGUACUGUGGGACCUGGCUGGAGACCCUCUGCCUGCUGCCCAGGGGAGGCCAGGAGGGCCAGGGGCUCCAGGCUGCCCUCAUUGGGGUUCCUUCCCUCUGAAGCAGGCGUGGGGCGACUGUGCAUGCUAGUGUCAGACGAGUGUGUGCAUGUGCAUGAGUGUGCCCCGUUCCUGAGGAAGGCCCUGGGGCUGCCUGCCCUGCCACGCGCCUGCCCCGGAGCAGCAGUGUGAGGCGGGGUGCUGCACAAGCUCCAGGGCUGGCGUGGGCGGGCGCUGGACCCCACUUGUGCCUUUGUCUCCUUGGAGGCACGGUGCCCCACCCGCCCCCACCCCACCCCAGCCCCCUGGGCCACCUAAACUCCCACGAGACCCACAUCUCAUGAUCACUGGUACCUGGUCCUGAACCUCAACACCCCCCAGCUGGGGCUGGCCUGGCGGCUGCCCUAGGAGCACCUGCCCACCCUGACAGAUGGGGACAGAGACUGGGAGCUGGGCCUCCCCUCCUGCCCCGCCAGCCCCACCUCACCAGAUCCAGGCACCCUGCCCCCAGCAGAGAAGCAGGACAGAAUCUGUGACUCCGAGAGUUUAAAGAACUAGACAAAUUCUUGAGUUAGACAAAGGUUCCAACAAGCACCUUGGCCAGUAGCAGAGAGAGACUUGGGUCUGGCCUUUUAAUUCUCCUCUUUGGGGUGGGUCUGGGGACUUCUAGGGUAGGUGUGUCCCCCCCCAUCGCCAUGCCCAGGACUGAGCCAUCAGGGACAGACUCCCCCACCCCAAGGCUGCAGCCAUGCCUGUACAGACUUGGGGCUGGGGCAGGCUUGGACUCAGCCCUGGACACCAGGGUCAGCCCACCCCUCAGCUGCCCCGCCCUGCCUCGCCCCUGAAGGAUGGGCCUGCUGCACGUCUCCCUCACCCCUCGUCACAUGGGGGGGUCUGAGCCACCCCCCUCUACCCAGGUCGGCUCAGACUGACCCCACACCGUCCCCCAGACCCACAGCACAAGCUCUCCCAGCUGCGCGCUGGCCUGUCCUCCCAGGGGCCUGGGCGACCUCUGUAUGCAACGGGCAGGGAGCAGCCGGGUCCCACCCUGCGCACUCUGCGCCGUCUUCCCUGACUUUUUUUGUACUUAAUGUAUGAAAGAUCCACACUAAUAUUGCUGUAAAAAGGAGAGACAAAUUAAUAUAGCUUAUUCUAUAAAUAUGUCUGUAUAUAAAGGUUUCUGUAUAUUGUAUAGAGCUGUGUAUAAACUGGAUGUAG